AUGUCGGCGACAAUGUCCUCAUCGCCCUCCGCCCGCUCUUCGACGCUAACUCCGGCGGAGCUGGCCGAGUGGUCGCAGUCCCUCAAGCCGGUGGUGUUGGGUCCCAGUAUCACCAUGGUGGUACUUGGCAAUCUGGGUGUGAUGCUGCGUAUCUGGGCCCAACGGCGCAUUCACAAACGUCCCGUGCAGGAGGACUAUUGGCUGAUCAUGGCCGUUCUCUUUUCCAACGUGGGCUCGAUCGCCGUCCUAGUUGCGGUGCAUUUUGGAUUGGGGUACCAUCAGUUCCGCGUCAACGCUGAGGAUCCAUCGCUGCGUUCCCUGCAGUGGAUCUUCUUGUGCAUGUGGCUCACGGCUACCUUCAACGGGCCCUCCAUGCUGGCCACCAAGAUUGCCCUGCUCCUCUACUACCGCCGGCUGUUCAUCGUGCAGCAGAUCUGGCUGCGUAUCUUUUGGUGGACCAAUGUUGUGUACGUGGUGCUCUGGGGCAUCGGCUCGACCAUCACAUAUAUGCUCUCGUGCGUGCCAGCCAGCUACUACUGGGAGCGUUUCAACCCGGAGUCGACGAUGCACGGCAGCUGCCGCAACACCACCAACGCCGACGGCGUGCCGCUCAUUCUGGACCUGAUCUCCGACGUCGCGAUCCUGGCGCUGCCCAUUGCUACCAUCGCCACCCUGCAGAUGCCGCUAGCCCGCAAAGCUGGGCUCAUCAUCGUGUUCUCGGUCGGAUUCCUUGCCAUUGUAUCCGCGGUCGCCCGCGUCGUCGUGCUCUACAAGGCCACGAGCCUGCACACGGACUUCCCCUACGCAGCUGCCCCCUUCGAGAUGCUGGUCGUGAUCCAGCUCAACAUGGCUAUCGUGUGCGCAACCGCGGUGCCCAUCGCCUCGGGCUUCCGGGUGGCCUUCAGCAAGAAGCGCCGCCGCGACAAGAGCUGGAUGGCAAAAGGCGUGAGCGGGAAUACGUCCAGCAGCCACGCCUCGGCGGCGGCGCGGGCCGCACGCCUGCGGCUCGAGGAAGAGGCCAGCAGCAGCACCGAACAGCUGCAUAUGGGGCACUUCACCACCAGCUGUGCCUCCAAGGGGCCGGAAGAUCGGGCGCGGGGAGAAGAGCCCGUGACAGGGAAUGGGAUUAUGGUGAAGAUGGAUGUGGAUAUUCGAUAG